UCGCUGUCACGGUCAUCUGUGCAAGUGUUCCUAGCCGUGAAUCUGAUCGGCGAGGUCGGAGUGCAGAGUGCUGUGGAUUUUGAAGCAAGAGUAUCAGAUCUGGGCGGUACGCGCCCUUAUCGCAGAAUACAGACCGGCUCAGUGUCCCGGGCACGGGUCCGGAAAAGCGUCAUGCAGCGACUGCGCUCGGGAAAUAGUCGGAAUCGUGGAGCCUGGAACUGCCUUGGUGAUGCCGCCGUCACUGUCGCUUCGUCGGGAUGGGACGCGCGCGGGCUUAAGAGCAGCUCCCCGCGGGGUAUUUAUGAUACCACUAUCGAAAGUAUCGAGACUAUCAUCGUUCGCCGCGAAGCCCAUCUGCCAAAAUUCAGAUCGCGCGCGUGUCCAGGAGAUCGUCCGAAUUCAGAUAGCUCUAGCUAGACUCUCCACAGACAUCGGUGACUCGACUUGACGACGCUGAACUCAAUACGUCACCGGAAACGGCAUGGUAUCAACAGAAGCCAGUCAAUUUCCGCUGCGGAACUACGGAGGCGCACUGGGAUCCUGAUUCCUCUACUUACUGCAUCCGGAAGAAGGACACUGGACGAUGCAAACGCUUGGCGACAUCAGCUCACCGCCCACUUGCUCUCUUCCUCGCACGCACUACUUACAAUCGCACCGUCUGGCGAGGCGCAUGCCCCCGUUCAUGGAGCGUCUCAAGCGCGCCAGCUCUGGCAUCGGCAUGCCGUGGGACAAGACCGAGCAGCCUGGCUGGGGAGCCAUCGAGACGCACCGCGCGCUGUACGAGAACCUCACGAACCCGGACCAGCGCCAGGCGCAGGCGAUUCGGGAGAACAUAAAGAAAGCGAGCAUGGAACGCGGGGUGCGGGAUCUGUCUGCGGGAUAUGCAGCUGUCGUCGACGCCGUGGCAGGCGGCCAAGGACCAGUUGCACAUACCGCGCAGGGAACGAAUCUUAUAUGGGCUGUACUUCAAGUCGUGCAAGCACGCGUUCUGCGGGGUGCGUGGAAUCCCUCUCUCUGCGCCGCUUGCUUACUAUCACCCGACCGGCGGCACCAGGCGUGCUUCUCGUCCUCGAUCUUCAGGCACCUCAAUGUGAUAUUCAACCCCCGUGCAUACGGGACGGUGAUGGGGCCCAUGGAGAUGUCUGAGCCGGGGUUGAAAGCCAACUUCGUGCGAGCCGAAUUGUGCCCGGGCUGUCCCCCUGGCAAACGCGCGUCUAGGAUCUCGAGGAACAUCGCGGAGAUCGUCCUGGGCCCAGAUAACAUGCAAGAUUGGGACUUUGCCGAACAUCUUGCGUCGAUGGACAUCAUUGACUGCCCAUACCGCUGCGGGGAGAGUUUCGACCUGGCCACGUCGCCGACGCUCAGAGGGAAACCGGCGGUGCAGGUGCAGUGCCUGCGGUGCCGCGGCUAUAUCUGCAAAGCGUGUAGGUGCAAGUGGCAUGAAGGUUUACUUGACCUGCAGCGCGUACCGGUUCUGCCUAUGCACCGACAAUCCAUAGGAGACCGGGAGUUUUUGGAGCUGAUCGAGCGUGAGAGUUGGAAGCGAUGCCCGAAAUGUCGGCAGACCAUCGAGCGACAGGUGCAGCACCAUCUCCCUCCCUCUAGACUCCCAUCUGACAAUCACAUGCCAUCUCAGUAUGGAUGCAACCACAUGACCUGUGUUUGUGGGCACCACGUCCGUCGCGCCGCCCUCAUUGACUCGCUCAUUUCGCUGACCCAUCCGCAGUUCUGCUAUGCAUGUGGGGCAGAUUUCGCGCAAGUCAACGGCCGUUUCCGCUGCUCCGGCACCGGAUGCAAGGUGUGGCCGUGGGAACAAAAGGUUCCCUGA